GUGCCGCGAUUGUUGCGCUGCAGUCUGUUAAAGUGCGUGAUUUCGUGAAAGUUCAUCCGUUUUGUUUUUUGCUGGCUAUCUAAUUUUACCUCCUAAUCGUGUGAGACUGUUGUCAUAUGCGACUCUUACGGAGUAGUAGCUGCUAGGCUGUUAAAGGAGUGAGUAUCACCGCAGGAAUCCGCUCCUUUAGUGGCUGCAUCAGCUUCUCUGCGUCCCUGUUAGCUCUCUUGAGCUAGCAAAUGUUAGCUGCUGCUGCUGCUGCUGCUGUUGUUGUGGCGUGAAUCUGAUGGGGGUGUGCAUGACUAUGCCUGUAACUCAAAGUCAUCACUGCUCGGAAUAAGUAGCCAGAGUCAAAGAUUAAACACCAGCAGGUAGUUAGCUCGCAAACUAGCGUCUUAACUUAGCCGAGCAAGCAAGCUAGCUACCCGGAUUGUCUUUCACAAAAGGGCACCGCGUUGAACAACAAGACUUUGUUAUCCAACAUAACGCUGGCUUUUUUUUACUCCUUUUUUUAUAUAUUUAUAUAUAUUCUGUUGCCUGGGCUUUAUACACGAGGAAGCAUCACAACAGUGCAGAAUGAAUGGGUUCAGCACAGAGGAGGACAGCCACGACGGACCUCCGGCGCCGCCGUUUUACGGGCAGAGCUGCUGCCUGAUCGAGGACGGUGAGCGCUGCGGCCGCUCCGCUGGAAACGCCUCCUUCAGCAAGAGGAUCCAGAAAAGCAUAUCACAGAAGAAGCUCAAGCUGGACAUUGACAAGAGUGUGCGACACCUCUACAUCUGCGACUUCCACAAGAACUUCAUCCAGAGCGUCCGCAAUAAGAGGAAGAGGAAGACCAGUGACGAUGGAGGAGAGUCUCCGGAUCAUGACGUGGAGGUUCCCGAGGUCGACCUUUUCCAGCUGCAAGUGAACACGUUGAGACGCUACAAGCGGCACUACAAGCUGCAGACCAGACCUGGCCUCAACAAGGCCCAGCUGGCAGAGACGGUGAGUCGUCACUUCAGAAAUAUUCCGGUAAACGAGAAGGAAACACUGACCUACUUUAUUUACAUGGUGAAGAGUAGCAAGAGCCGCUUGGACCAGAAAGGAGACGGCGGCAAACCACUGGACUAAACUCAACAACCACCACGGCGGUAGCUACAACAGAAUACAACAAUAAUCCACAAUCACAGUGACAAAACAGCACCAUCUACAGCAACAGCAACCAGAAGCAGCUCCUCCCACAACCCCGUCACCGUCCUGCUCCUCUGCAACAGCAGAACCUACACUCUGGUUGUCCUCGGAAGGAUACCGAACGGAAAAAUCGGUGAGAAUUCAGGUUGGGGCGAGUUUACUCAGUCGCUGAGCAUGUAGUCACAAUCUUCUUCUUCCUGUCCUCCGCAACAAAGCCAGGUCCCGAAAGACUGUCAAGGACCAGGACUCACUCCGCAGGGUUUUUACGUCGUCAUGCUGUAAACGUAACUGUUGAUAUGUACAAAAAAGAACAGCGUACUUGGUUGAAUGCAAUGUACAAUAUAGCUGCCUUAAGAGUAAAAACAACUUUUUUGGUAAUUUUGUUUUUUCUUUGCCGAGUUGACUGUUAACAUGUUCACCGCGGGGAAUGCAUGUGCCAAACUGGUAAUGAAUGCUGAGUGAGUUUUCUUUCUUUUUUUUUCCUUUUCUUUUGUUAUGAAUGAAUGAAUUGGAAAGGGGGCGCUGCCUUUGCUGAUGUCUCGUUUGUCAGCACUCUUUGACAAGCUCAGUUUUCUCCUUUUUAAAAACUAAAAGUGGCACAAAAUUCCCAUAUACAUAUAUCUCUCUAUAUAUACACGGAGAGGGAGAAAGGAAGAAAUCCAUAUUCUCAGUAAUAUUUAAAACUCUCCCCGUCGCCCCUUUUCCAACUGGAUGUGAUGCAUGUAAAAGACUGGUGGUGGUGAAUGAUGUAGCAUUUGGCUAUGAAGCAGACUUUCCCUUCUUGCUCGCUGUUUUAUGUGCACACAAACACACACGUACAGAUUUAUUUUCUCAUUGCAUUGCAGGUUUUGGUAGCUACUUUAAUUUUUGUUUUUCUUUGUAAGCCUUUUUCUUUAGUUCAGCCUUAACAAGUUGUAUAAAGUUGUCUGUUUAUGAUUUUAGAUUUCUCAAUUGUUUUUGUUUUUUUCUUUUGUGUGUCUGUGUGAUAGAGGGGUGUAAGAGUAAUUAUUAGCGUUACAUUUUAAUAUUUAAGAGCAGUGUUUAUCGUGGACAACAUCGCAACUCUUUUGAUUUGAUACUUACGACACCUUUUCAACUUUAGUGGAAGUUGGCUAAUGAAGUCUUAGAAAAGUUUAACAUUUGUAUGCCCAAUUUAAAUAAUCCAGCUUCACAUACGUCCCCAGAAUGUCAUUAAGUCUGACAUCAAUCUCAAAUUGGCACCAAAAGUGGCAUCACACCACAGCUGGGUUUGUUUUGUUUGCUUUUUUUCCCACUCAGAUUGAGUUCACCUUCACUCUUUAAAGGUGCAGUGUGUAGAAUUUAGUGGCAUCUGUGGAGUAAUAAUCAUAAGUAUGUUUUUAAUGAGUGUAUAAUCACCUGAAAAUAAAAAUGAUUGUGUUCAUUAGCUUAAAAUGCCCUUUUUAUCCACAUAACUUCCAGUGUUGUACCGCCAAGUUUCUACAGUAGCCCACAGUGGACAACCAAACACUGGCUGUAGAGAGGGCCGUUUGCCUUUUUUUCCCAGCUACUGUAGUUCUCCUACCAGCUUAGAAGAGGAGGGGGUAGAGUAUUCAGUUUGAUGCAAUCUACAACCUCACCACUAGAUGUCACUAAACCCCACAAACUGCACCUUUUUAAAUUAUUUACAUUUGUUUGUAAAUAUUGAAGUGCAGUGAUUUCCUUUUGUCAUUUAUUAAUUGAUCUGUAAUUUAGAUUGAUUUACGGUCUAAUCAGUGAAGUGUAUGUAGUGACUGCAACUCCCAUAGUCCAAGGUGAAGUCUACAAACAACUUAUUUUAUCUGACUAAUGGUUUUCAGUUUACUGUGAUGUGAAACCAAGAAAACAGAAGUGAAGAUAUCUCUUUUAUUGGGGCUUUUUUUAUAUUUCAGUGUUAAGCCACGAGCUGUGUUAGGAAAUGAGCUGUAGCCCUUUGUUUUGGCAGGUAGCCACUAGCAACCGCUCUUACUUAUGAAACAUGUAAUAUGAUUAAUCCAACACUGCUGAAAAACGUUUAUUUAAAUUCUUAAUGCACUGCCAGGAAAAACUGUUGGUUCUCAAAACCAUGCUCCUCUUCAACUCCUACUCUGUGUUUUUUUUUUUUUUUUUUAUGGUGGUGACUACAUAGAUUGUAGGUUACACACAGUUUGGGUUUUUUGUUGGGAUGUUUUUGUUUGUAAUCUCUGCAUCUUCUUUCACACUUUGUAUUUAAGUUUGUCCGCCACACUGAGUUUGUCUUGACAGGGGUUUUUUUUCUUUAUAUUGUCUGACAUAUUUUCAGUUUUGCUUGUAGGUUUCUUAGUGUCAUGUAGAUAACACCCAUCUUUAUUAACACAUAGGCCAUGCCACAUUAACCUAAUUGUUGCAUUAGAGAAUACAUAUUUAAAUAUGGCUGCUUAUUGCUCCUAAUAAGAAUAAAAAUAAUAAAUGUAUUGUA